CCAAGACCCACACAUUCAUAUGCAGAUGUGGGACUAUAAAUAGGAGGGAUGAAGCCAGCACAGAGCAGAUUCUCUCUGCAGAGACCUCUACAGCACAGAGAUCCACCCAUGGCACCUACUAUCACUGCAGCAAUGACCAAUUCUCAGGAGCAUCUGACUCUGAACCACAAGCUCAGAAAGCCUCUGGUGGAGAAGUUACGCAGGGAGCGAAUCAACAGCAGCAUUGAGCAGCUCAAGUCUCUGCUGGCUCCAGAGUUCCUCAAACAGCAGCCAGACUCCAAGCUGGAGAAAGCAGACAUCCUGGAGAUGACAGUUUGUGUCCUGCAACGACUGCAGCAUCAACAGCAGAGAAGACUGAUGAAGAACUUCAGCAAGCUGCAGUCUUCCUCUGAGAAACACCUGACAGAUGCUGACUUCUCUCUUCUGAGCUCCACAGUCCACAUCAGCAUCACCAAAGACAAGAGUCCAGUCAGCAGCGCCCCCUGGAGGCCGUGGUAGACACCUCCAGCCUGGAGUCUCUCCUGGAAAAAGUCAGUUGUGAAACAAAGAUGACUGGACUGAACUCUUUGAAAUCUGAUGGACUUGUUCUUCUGUAUGUACAGAAGCUUGUAUUUUGUGUGUGUUUUUCUCGGUCCAAGAUGAUAUUUCCUGAGGAAAUGACAGCAACAAUAUCUUUCAAGUUAAGAAAGAGAACAUCUUGUCAUGCAUGUUGCAUGAACCAAAUCUGAUUGCAUCAGCAAUUCUUAUUAUACCUCAGUGUACUUCAUGUAUUGGUGGUACCUGCUAUGGUAACAUUUGCUAUCUUUUGAUUGUUAUUGAUGGUUGUGAUCAACAACUUUAACUGUCUUUUUAUGGACCUUUGGUCACUAUGGCAUUUCUCUUAUUUAAAUGUCACUGAUUGGUCAGAACUGAUCUGUUGUAAGAUCCAAAUGUUUAUCUUUUUUUGAAUGAUGUUCUUAUGUCACAAUUUUCCUGUGAUACUUUUAUACUUUUAUGAUCAUUUUGAUCUAAAAUCUUUAUU